AUGAAGCUGCUGAGACGUGGGGGUCUGGCGCUGACGCUGCUGCUGCUGCUGCGGCUGCUGCUGCUGCUGCUGCUGCUGCUGCUGCCCCUGGCCUCCACCCCCGCCACCACCACCGCUGCCACCGCCCCCCCCCACCACCGCCGCUGCCCCCCUCCACCGCUCUCGGUCCCACCACCGCCCCACCCACCUCCUCCACCCCCACGACCACCCCCACCACCUCCACCACCCCCGCCGCCUCCACCACCGCCCCCUCCACCGCCACCUCCACCACGUUUGCCACCCUUGCCGCCCUUGCCGCUGCGCCUCCCACUAGGAGCAGAAGCAGCUGCGACCUUCUCAGCACCGAGGAGGUCGACGGCAGCAGCAGCAGAGGCGUAG